AUGGACGUGGACAUAGACGUGGACGUGGUCGUGGACGUGGACAUGGUCGUGGACAUGGACGUGGACAUGGACGUGGACAUGGACAUGGACAUGGACAUGGAUGUGGACGUGGACGUGGACGUGGACGUGGACAUGGACGUGGAGAUGGACGUGGAGAUGGACGUGGACGUGGACAUGGACGUGGACGUGGACGUGGACGUGGACGUGGACAUGGACGUGGAUGUGGACGUGGACGUGGACGUGGACGUGGACAUGGACGUGGACGUGGACGUGGACGUGGACGUGGACAUGGACGUCGACAUGGACGUGGACGUGGACGUGGACGUGGACAUGGACGUGGACGUGGACGUGGACGUGGACGUGGACAAGGACGUGGACGUGGAGGACUUGGACGUGGACAUGGACGUGGACGUGGACGUGGACGUGGACGUAGACGGUCACGUGGAUGUUGACGUGGACGUGGACGUGCACGUGGUCGUGGACGUGGAGGACGUGGAUGUGGACAUGGACGUGGACGUGGACGUGGUCGUGGAUGUGGACGUGGACGUGGUCCUGGUCGUGGACGUGGUCGUAGACGUGGACGUGGUCGUCCACGACGUGGACUUGGACGUGGACGUGGACGUGGUCGUGGACGUGGACCUGGAUAUGGACGUGGACGUGGACGUGGACGUGGAAGUGGUCGUGGACGUGGACGUUGACGUGGACGUGGACGUGGACGUGGUUGUGGACGUGGAGGACUUGAGCGUGGACAUGGACGUGGACGUGGACGUGAACGUGGACGUGGACAUGGUCGUGGACGUGGACGUGGACGUGGACGUGGACGUGGAAGUGGACGUGGUCGUGGACGUGGACGUGGUCGUGGACGUGGACGUGGACGUGGUCGUGGACGUGGACAUGGACGUGGACGUGGUCGUGGACGUCGACGUGGACGUGGACGUGGUCGUGGACGUGGUCGUGGAUGUGGACGUGGACAUGGACGUGGUCGUGGAUGUGGACGUGGUGGUGGACGUGGACGUGGACGUGGACGUGGUGGUGGACGUGGACGUGGACGUGGACGUGGACGUGGUCGUCGACGUGGACGUGGACGUGGACGUGGACGUGGACGUGGUCGUGGACGUGGACGUGGACGUGGUCGUGGACGUGGACGUGGACGUGGACGUGGACGUGGACGUGGACAUGGACGUGGACGUGGACGUGGACGUGGACGUGGACGUGGACGUGGUCGUGGACGUGGACACAUGGACGUGGACGUGGACAUGGACGUGGACGUGUACGUGGACGUGGAUGGACAUGGACGUGGACAUGGACGUGGACGUGGACGUGGACAUGGACGUGGACGUGGACGUGGACGUGGACGUGGACAUGGACGUGGACAUGGACGUGGACGUGGACAUGGACGUGGACAUGGACGUGGACGUGGACGUGGACGUGGACGUGGACAUGGACGUGGACGUGGACGUGGACAUGGACGUGGACAUGGACGUGGACGUAGACGUAAACAUGGACGUGGACAUGGACGUGGACAUGGACGUGGACAUGGACGUGAACAUGGACGUGGACAUGGACGUGGACAUGGACGUGGACAUGGACGUGGACGUGGACAUGGACAUGGACGUGGACGUGGACGUGGACGUGGACAUUGACGUGGACGAGGACAUGGACGUGGACGUGGACGUGGACAUGGACGUGGACGUGGACGUGGACAUGGACGUGGACGUGGACGUGGACGUGGACGUGGACGUGGACAUGGACAUGGACGUGGACGUGGACGUGGACGUGGAUAUGGACGUGGACGUGGACGUGGACGUGGAUGUGAACGUGGAGGACUUGGACGUGGACAUGGACAUGGACGUGGACGUGGACGUGGACGUGGACGUGGACAUGGACGUGGACGUGGACGUGGACGUGGACGUGGUCGUGGACGUGGACGUGGGCGUGGACGUGGACGUGGACGUGGACGUGGACAUGGACGUGGACAUGGACGUGGACAUGGACGUUGACAUGGACGUGGACGUGGACAUGGACGUGGACAUGGACGUGGACGUGGACAUGGACGUGGAAAUGGACGUGGACGUGGACGUGGACGUAGACAUGGACGUGGACGUGGACAUGGACGUGGACGUGUACGUGGACGUGGAUGGACAUGGACACGUAAACAUGGACGUGGACAUGGACGUGUACAUGGACGUGAACAUGGACGUGAACAUGGACGUGGACAUGGACGUGGACAUGGACGUGGACAUGGACGUGGACGUGGACAUGGACAUGGACGUGGACGUGGACGUGGACGUGGACAUGGACAUGGACGAGGACGUGGACGUGGACGUGGACGUGGACAUGGACGUGGACGUGGACGUGGACAUGGACGUGGACGUGGACGUGGACGUGGACGUGGACGUGGACGUGGACGUGGACAUGGACGUGGACGUGGACGUGGACGUGGACGUGGACGUGGACGUGGACAUGGACGUGGACGUGGACGUGGAUGUGGACGUGGAGGACUUGGACGUGGACAUGGACAUGGACGUGGACGUGGACGUGGACGUGGACGUGGACAUGGACGUGGACGUGGACGUGGACGUGGACGUGGAGGUGGACGUGGACGUGGACGUGGAGGUGGACGUGGACGUGGACGUGGAGGUGGACGUGGACGUGGACGUGGACGUGGUCGUGGACGUGGACAUGGACGUGGACGUGGACGUGGACGUGGACGUGUACAUGGACGUGGACGUGGACGUAGACGUGGACGUGGACAUGGACGUGGACGUGGACGUGGACGUGGACGUGGACGAAGACUUGGACGUGGACGUGGACGUGGACGUGGACGUGGACAUGGACGUGGACAUGGACGUGGACGUGGACGUGGACAUGGACGUGGACCUGGACGUGGACGUGGUCAUAGACGUGGACGUGGACAUGGACGUGGACAUGGACGUGGACAUGGACGUGGACGUGGACGUGGACGUGGACGUGGACAUGGACGUGGACGUGGACGUGGACGUGGACAUGGACGUGGACGUGGACAUGGACGUGGACAUGGACGUGGACGUGGACGUGGACGUGGACGUGGACAUGGACGUAGACGUGGACGUGGACAUGGACGUGGACAUGGACGUGGACGUAGACGUGGACAUGGACGUGGACAUGGACGUGGACAUGGACGUGGACAUGGACGUGGACAUGGACGUGGACGUGGACAUGGUCGUGGACGUGGACGUGGACGUGGGCGUGGACGUGGGCGUGGACGUGGACAUGGACGUGGACGUGGACGUGGACAUGGACGUGGACGUGGACGUGGACGUGGACAUGGACGUGGACGUGGACGUGGACGUGGACGUGGACGUGGACAUGGACGUGGACGUAGAUGUGGACGUAGACGUGGACAUGGACGUGGACAUGGACGUGGACAUGGACGUGGACAUGGACGUGGACAUGGACGUGGACAUGGACGUGGACAUGGACGUCGACGUGGACGUGGACAUGGACGUGGACGUGGACGUGGACGUGGACAUGGACGUGGACGAGGACGUGGACGUGGACGUGGACGUGGACAUGGACGUGGACGUGGACGUAAACGUGGACGUGGACGUGGACAUGGACGUGGACGUGGACGUGGACGUGGACGUGGACGUGGAGGACUUGGACGUGGAUAUGGACGUGGACGUGGACGUGGACGUGUACGUGGACGUGGACGUACGUGACGUGGACGUGGACGUGGACGUGGACGUGGACGUGGACGUGGACGUGGUCGUGGACGUGGACGUGGACGUGGACAUGGACGUGGACGUGGACGUGGACGUGGACGUGGACGUGGACAUGGUCGUGGACGUGGACGUGGACGUGGACGUGGACGUGGACGUGGACGUGGACGUGGACGUGGUCGUGGUCGACAUGGACGUGGACGUGGACGUGGACAUGGACGUGGACGUGGACGUGGACAUGGACGUGGACGUGGACGUGGACGUGGACAUGGACAUGGACGUGGACGUGGACGUGGACGUGGAUAUGGACGUGGACGUGGACGUGGACGUGGACGUGGACGUGGACGUGGGCGUGGACGUGGACGUGGACGUGGACGUGGACAUGGACGUGGACAUGGACGUGGACAUGGACGUUGACAUGGACGUGGACGUGGACAUGGACGUGGACAUGGACGUGGACGUGGACAUGGACGUGGAAAUGGACGUGGACGUGGACGUGGACGUAGACAUGGACGUGGACGUGGACAUGGACGUGGACGUGUACGUGGACGUGGAUGGACAUGGACACGUAAACAUGGACGUGGACAUGGACGUGUACAUGGACGUGAACAUGGACGUGAACAUGGACGUGGACAUGGACGUGGACAUGGACGUGGACAUGGACGUGGACGUGGACAUGGACAUGGACGUGGACGUGGACAUGGACGUGGACAUGGACAUGGACGAGGACGUGGACGUGGACGUGGACGUGGACAUGGACGUGGACGUGGACGUGGACAUGGACGUGGACGUGGACGUGGACGUGGACGUGGAUGUGGACGUGGACGUGGACGUGGACGUGGACAUGGACGUGGACGUGGACGUGGACGUGGACGUGGACGUGGACGUGGACAUGGACGUGGACGUGGGUGUGGAUGUGGACGUGGAGGACUUGGACGUGGACAUGGACAUGGACGUGGACGUGGACGUGGACGUGGACAUGGACGUGGACGUGGACGUGGACGUGGAUGGACAUGGACACGUAAACAUGGACGUGGACAUGGACGUGUACAUGGACGUGAACAUGGACGUGAACAUGGACGUGGACAUGGACGUGGACAUGGACGUGGACAUGGACGUGGACGUGGACAUGGACAUGGACGUGGACGUGGACGUGGACGUGGACAUGGACAUGGACGAGGACGUGGACGUGGACGUGGACGUGGACAUGGACGUGGACGUGGACGUGGACAUGGACGUGGACGUGGACGUGGACGUGGACGUGGACGUGGACGUGGACAUGGACGUGGACGUGGACGUGGACGUGGACGUGGACGUGGACGUGGACAUGGACGUGGACGUGGACGUGGAUGUGGACGUGGAGGACUUGGACGUGGACAUGGACAUGGACGUGGACGUGGACGUGGACGUGGACGUGGACAUGGACGUGGACGUGGACGUGGAUGUGGACGUGGAGGUGGACGUGGACGUGGACGUGGAGGUGGACGUGGACGUGGACGUGGAGGUGGACGUGGACGUGGACGUGGACGUGGUCGUGGACGUGGACAUGGACGUGGACGUGGACGUGGACGUGGACGUGUACAUGGACGUGGACGUGGACGUAGACGUGGACGUGGACAUGGACGUGGACGUGGACGUGGACGUGGACGUGGAGGUGGACGUGGACGAAGACUUGGACGUGGACGUGGACGUGGACGUGGACGUGGACGUGGACAUGGACGUGGACAUGGACGUGGACGUGGACGUGGACAUGGACGUGGACGUGGACGUGGACGUGGACAUGGACGUGGACGUGGACAUGGACGUGGACAUGGACGUGGACGUGGACGUGGACGUGGACGUGGACAUGGACGUGGACGUGGACGUGGACAUGGACGUGGACAUGGACGUGGACGUAGACGUGGACAUGGACGUGGACAUGGACGUGGACAUGGACGUGGACAUGGACGUGGACAUGGACGUGGACGUGGACAUGGUCGUGGACGUGGACGUGGACGUGGGCGUGGACGUGGGCGUGGACGUGGACAUGGACGUGGACGUGGACGUGGACAUGGACGUGGACGUGGACGUGGACGUGGACAUGGACGUGGACGUGGACGUGGACGUGGACGUGGACGUGGACAUGGACGUGGACGUAGAUGUGGACGUAGACGUAGACAUGGACGUGGACAUGGACGUGGACAUGGACGUGGACAUGGACGUGGACAUGGACGUGGACAUGGACGUGGACAUGGACGUCGACGUGGACGUGGACAUGGACGUGGACGUGGACGUGGACGUGGACAUGGACGUGGACGAGGACGUGGACGUGGACGUGGACGUGGACAUGGACGUGGACGUGGACGUAAACGUGGACGUGGACGUGGACAUGGACGUGGACGUGGACGUGGACGUGGACGUGGAGGACUUGGACGUGGAUAUGGACGUGGACGUGGACGUGGACGUGGACGUGGACGUGGACGUGGACGUGGACGUAGACGUGGACGUGGACGUGGACGUGGACGUGGACGUGGACGUGGACGUGGACGUGGACGUGGUCGUGGACGUGGACGUGGACGUGGACGUGGACGUGGACGUGGACGUGGACGUGGACGUGGACAUGGUCGUGGACGUGGACGUGGACGUGGACGUGGACGUGGACGUGGACGUGGUCGUGGUCGCGCGCUCCCCCUAG